AUGGGAACCGAAGUUUUGCUGGCGAAUGGCAUAGCGAAGGUCACAGCGCGGAUAUUACAAAAUCUCAUAUACUUCGUGAGCACGAUACUUCAAUUCCAAAUCCAUCAGGCGUUGUGUUUGAGGACGGGACAAUUUAUCCCAGGGGAUCCCACUCGUCCCCUUCACAAGUGCGACAUCUACCGUAAUCCAGAGGCUGGGAAAAUGCUCACCCGUCUCAUGGAAAGAGGAUCUUCAAUUCCUUGGAGCCAGUUACUGCAGGAGACUAUUGGUGAAGGAAGACUGAACGGGGAAGCCAUGAGGGAGUACUUCAGACCCUUGGAGGAAUGGCUUCGGAAUGAAAAUCUCAGGACUGGAGAGUAUUUGGGCUGGAGCUACGAUGGGGAUUACUGCAAAUUUAGCAUCGAAACAGCGGGUCUACAGGUGUACGGAGGAUUUUACAACGCAGCUUCCAAGAAUAUUGAUUUAACAAGCCUCCUAACUCUUCUUAUAUCAUCGACAUUAACUACUGUAAUAGGACUACGCCGACGAUAA